UGCAGUCAUGCGGAAUACUAGCAUCCGCGUCAGGUGACUAACAUCAUUGGUAUGACGGUGGCAGCCGUUGCGACUGUCUCUGUCGGAGCCAGUAUAGACCUCUGCCGAGAGUUUUUGUUUGAUGACUUUGUCAUCACGUAGCCAGAGUGAUAGAGCUGCUGCUCCCCUGAUUGAUCAAGCUACUCUAUAUCCCUCCAAUUUAGGCACCAACAACUAUCGCCUGUUCUAGUUCCCAGGUCAACAGUAUAGAGCGCGGAUCGCUAGGCUAUCCGCCAUUCGACGGUCAUGACUUUGGUGCGACAACCAGCAAUGUUAAUCCAGACGGAAAAAUAGCCAAAUAAAUACGAGGAUAGAUGGAUGCGCGGUGAUUCGACGGCUGCAGCAUUCCGCAUUGACGCAGAGAGACGACGAUUACGGCGAUUCUGUGGGCGAGUUUCGUUGUUUGGGUUAAUGGUCGUCAUUGUCAUCGCUAUCCAUUACAUAGCUCCAGCCGCAGCAGCUACUGUAAAACAGUAACAGGCCCGAUUGUUACUUGAUUCGCAUAUAGUACUCGCGGCUGUUACCAUCGUGAAAACACAGCGAACAGCGCCACGUGCAACAACUGAUAUAGUCUAGCAAACAGUGUGUCAACAUCUUGCCAAAUCCGAAGUUUAGUGUUUUUUGCGCGUACCCAGUUGCCGCCAUCGUCUGCCUUUACCCUCCAGUAAACGCUACCUAUUACAGCUACGUUACCGCAAGGAGUUACAUGACCAUUGCAAAAUAGGGUUGCUAGUUCUUGUGGAAAUCACUUAAGUAGCGGGGCAUCGGAAUGCCGCUGACUGCUGAAACGACAGAAUAGCCCCUGACUGCGUGCGGCGAAAGGAAAGCCGAACAAUUCAUUAAGUGCUAAUAAAUAGCUAAAACGUUUUUGAUCGUCUGUAUCUACGUUAGAGCCGAUUGCGGCAAUGAUCAUUAACGAAACAUCAUGUAACAAUGGUAAACAAGUAGUAGAUAUAUGUUUGCGUCGAGCAAAGCGUUAAUUGAGGUAGCAGUUAUUGCUAGGACUCACUCCUAAUGCUAUUAUAAGCUGGAAACAACUCUGGCAACAGCACAUCAGUACACGUCGAUUCUGGAUUAAAAAUAACAAGUGUGUACUACUAUGGAUUAUAACAAAACGCAGGAACAAGUUGUCGGAAAAAGGAAAACAGAAGAGGACAAAAGAAAGAAGCUGUGUGUAAUUAAAGAACUUAUCGAGAAAGACCAGUUAAGCUCCAGUAACGUUUGCGUGUUGUAAAACUACGACGUGGCAUUGUGUUCGUGCUAUCUAAGUUCACAGUUUGCUUGUCGCUAGUCGACUAGUGCGUCUUUGUGGCCGAGAAGCCAAGAAAAGUCUGAAUAAACAAUGCAUUAUUAGCACAGGCAGCUGCUGGCUGGGAGGCGAAAAAAUAGCAGAAAAACAAACAGAAAAAAGAGCUUAGUUGAGGAAACUCAUAGUUUUUGUCGUUCGCUGCGUAUGUCGUUUCCUUGUCGCAUAUUUAUGCUGCGGUGCAACGAAGCCAACGGGAGACAAAGCUGAUCAGAGCCAAGUUACUAGAUAACUAAAGUAUUCUCGCAUGCGUGCUUUUGGGGGAGAAAAUUUCGCAGGAUCCGCUGCUAGGUGGCGUCAGCGACAAUAGUAAACAGGAAGGAAGAGACCAACGUCGGCCUGAAUGUCUAGGUUCAUUCUGAAUUAAUCUCAGUAUCUUAAUUCUGUCCCCUCGUUUGCAUCGUUCCCUGUAUCUUAGGAAGCUAGUGCGUAACGAUUGCGUGACAAGUGCAUCGGUGGGUGAUGGUGUGUGUCAUUUAGGUCGAUCAGUGUACAAGUAACCCCGUUCUAACGAAACCUACUUCCUACCAAUUAGGAGGGAGCCGUUGCUCGACAAAGUAGAUUAGGCUACCGAUUAUUGAAAGUGUACGCUAUCAACAGUUUUAUUGUCAAUAUAGAGUAAGCGGAGGAGAGAUACGGUGGUGAUGGAAGCGCGAAACACUAAUGCAAAAGGAUACAAAAAGUGAUGGAGAAGCGUUAAGGGAACUUAAAGUGGCCUGCGCCCAUAGCAAACGGCUGUUAUUGUCAGUUGAAUUCUCUAUUUCAAAGCUCUUCCGAGUGUUCUUCAUCUAAGUUUCUCGUGCAAGUAAACAAAUACUAAUCUGAUCGCCGAAAAGCUAGUUCCAUAGUUAGAUCUCAAGUAGAUGAUCCUACGAAAAUGCGUACGCGAUAUAAGGUGAUUCAACAGCCACGGAACGACAACAGUGCUACGAGAGGGCCAGCAUCAACGUGGGCCGAACAGAGGUGCGUGAACACUUCAUCAUCGGUGAUGUGGUCGGCAUGCGAAGGUUGUCGUAGGAAUGCCGCCAGCCGAAAGCUGGACGAAGCCGGAAGCCAUCGCUAAUGGUCGCUUCGGUGAGGACUUCAGUUUGUCCCGCCACACCGUCGAGUGCUAUCACCGUUGCUAUCACGAUCACAAUAACGACAGCAGUGUCAUCCCAAGAGUCAACAGUCGCAGCAAUCCCAACGAAAACAAGAACCCUGCACCGACGAACUGCAGAUACGAUUGUUUACAAUCGGCAGCGAUUGAACUGUGCGCGCACGGGAGUAAACAUCAACCCAUCGACAGUUACAUCUGUAUCCGCUGCUCUUUUUGUGUCACGACGCAAAGCGACCCCCGAGUCAACAACAUUCGAUUCGUAGAUCAGCAUGGGUUCGAGUGGGAUCGAUGGAGUCGUUGGUGGCGCUGUUGGUUCUAUGGAGGCAACAGCGGCAACGUCUGGUGGAGUGGAAAUUUUCGACAUGGCUUCAGUAGCCGCGGCUGCUGCGACCGCUGCGGCAGCCGCCGGAAAUUCGAUGACCCCCGAGGUUCCAGAAGGGUCACCCCUCCCAUCGUUCGCAGCACUACCGUCCAUACCAGGCCUGCAAGAUACACUGGCCUCUGGCGUAAGUGCAGUCCUCGAUCCGCUCGUCGGCGAAAAGUUCAAGCGAUUAUUGUUCGCCAAUUUCUCGCCGCUCGAGUACCCGAACCCAGUCAGUGCGCUAAAUCCAUUCGAGCAGAGUCUCGAGAAGGAGAAUCCAACGUGGAAAGUCAUCGUUCUGACGUGCAUUAUCGUGCUAACGGCAAUCGGGAACAUUCUUGUGUGUGUGUCGGUCCUAUCCGUUCGUCGGCUCCGACAUCCAUCAAACUACCUACUUGUAUCGCUUGCCGUAUCGGACCUCUGCGUCGCCCUACUGGUGAUGCCGUUUGCGAUGUAUUUCGAUGUUGUCGGCAAGUGGUACCUCGGCGCCACUGUUUGCGAUCUUUGGGUGUCGUUCGACGUGGCAUCAUGCACGGCAUCAAUCCUCAAUCUGUGUAUGAUCUCAGUGGACCGCUAUCUUGCUAUCACACGACCGCUAACGUACGGAGUUCGACGAACCUCAAAGCGCAUCUGCUGUUACGUCUGCGGAGUGUGGUCGAUGUCCUGCCUCAUCUCGAUACCGCCCGUCAUCGUACUAGGUAACGAGCAUGGUACAGACGAAGAACCCAACUGUCAAGUGUGCCCUAACCUUGCCUAUCAACUUUAUGCUACGUUGGGUGCAUUCUAUAUCCCGCUACUUAUUAUGAUUGUUAUGUAUUAUAAGAUCUACGCGGCAGCUAAACGAGUCGUUGACGCCGACCAGCGUGCCCAGAUCAAUCCGCAAGUAUUGUUAAAUAAUAGCAAAAACGAUGGCUGGCAUGAAAGCGGUGAAGAUGGACAAUUGGCCCACAACGGCGAUAAUCCUCUUGGCGGCGGCGGCGGUGGUGGUGGAAUUAAAGGUUCCUCUUCAGGGUCGGCAGUGUCUUCGGGCGUACAGAGUUGGCAGAAUAAUAUGCGGCGUUCGACAAUGCUUCGCGAACGAAAAGCGUCCAUCACGCUUGGUAUCAUCAUGAGCGCAUUCACCGUUUGUUGGUUACCAUUUUUUAUUUUGGCGGUCAUCGAGCCGCUGGCAAAAUGCAACGCGCCCCAAGAGAUUAAAAGUUUUGCCCUCUGGCUGGGUUACUCGAACUCAAUGUUAAAUCCUAUCAUCUAUGUGACUUUCCAUCAGGACUUUCGACGCGCAUUUAAGGAGCUUUUACGAUGCCACUGGUCGACACUUAAUAGCCGAUUGCGUGAUGACUACUAUCUACGUACAUACACACUUGAGGCUCCCGCGGAGGGCAACGGUUGCAAUAUUCACGACCAUCAGCAUCCAUGAAAAAUGCGUCCACACGGUCCUCUAAGUCCGCAU